GGGCGGGGGCGUGGUUAGGCCGUAUAAGAACGGAGGGGGCGGCGGCAAGACGGCUCACUCAGUGCCGCUGCCCGGGGGCUGUAGUGACCGCGCCGCUCCUGCUGGGGGGCUGCCCACGCCAAGGACCUGCCUCUGUGGUCUCCGCCGCCGCCCAGUUUCCCUGGCAACAACAUCCCCCAAGAUGGCCGAGGAGAGCAGCAGUACCAGGGACUGCGUGUCCUUCAGCGUGCUCACCUGGGACCAGGUGAGCCGUCUGCACGAGGUCCUGACUGAGGUGGUGCCCAUCCAUGGCCGAGGCAACUUCCCCACCUUGGAGAUCACACUCAAGGACAUCGUGCAGACUGUCCGUGGCCGGCUGGAGGAGGCAGGCAUCAAAGUGCAGGAUGUCCGGCUGAACGGCUCUGCGGCCGGCCAUGUCCUGGUCAAAGACAAUGGGUUGGGUUGCAAAGACCUGGACCUCAUCUUUCACGUGGCUCUUCCCACAGAGGCCGAGUUUCAGCUGGUCAGGGAUGUGGUGCUGUGCUCUCUCCUGAACUUCCUGCCGGAGGGCGUGAACAAGCUCAAGAUCAGCCCCACGACCCUGAAGGAGGCGUACGUCCAGAAGCUGGUGAAGGUGUGCACGGAGGCUGACCGCUGGAGCCUCAUCUCCCUCUCCAACAAGAACGGGCGCAACGUGGAGCUCAAGUUCGUUGACUCCAUCCGGCGCCAGUUCGAGUUCAGCGUGGACUCAUUCCAGAUCAUUCUGGACUCCCUGCUUUUCUUCUACGACUGCUCUGGCCAUCCCCUGUCCGAGCACCUGCACCCCACGGUCAUUGGGGAGAGCGUGUAUGGGGACUUUGAGGAAGCCCUGGACCACCUGCAGAACAGACUCAUCGCCACCAAAAACCCCGAGGAGAUCCGGGGUGGGGGGCUGCUCAAGUACAGCAACCUCCUGGUGCGGGACUUCCGGCCCACCGACCAGGAUGAGAUCAAGACCCUGGAGCGCUACAUGUGCUCCCGGUUCUUCAUCGACUUCCCCGACAUCCUUGAGCAGCAGAGGAAGCUGGAGACCUACCUGCAGAACCACUUCGCUGAGGAGGAGAGGAGCAAGUACGACUACCUCAUGACCCUGCGCAGGGUAGUCAACGAGAGCACCGUGUGCCUCAUGGGCCAUGAGCGCAGGCAGACCUUGAACCUCAUCUCCCUGCUGGCCCUGCGCGUGCUGGCCGAGCAGAACAUCAUCCCCAACGCCAGCACCGUCACGUGCUACUACCAGCCUGCUCCCUACGUCAGCGACGGCAACUUCAGCAACUACUACGCGGCCCACCCCCCGCUCACCUACAGCCAGCCCUACCCCACCUGGCUGCCCUGUAACUAACCUUGAGACCUGAGGGUUUCCACAGGGGGGAACCCCCCACCUCCACCCCGGGCAGGGCAAGGCUCAGGUAGGGGAGCCUCCUUCUAGAUGUAGGUGUUUGGCUUUUAAAGCAGAACUCAGCUCUGAUUCGGCUUUUUUUUUUUUCUUUGUGUGCCCAUUGGAAUGGGUCUCCAGUGUAUCAUGAGCCAAGGGACCUGCUAUUCCAGUGCCACUUCGGAAAAUGCUAAAGGAAGUAUGACCUCUCCACAUCUUUCCAAAACAGACACUAACACGCCACAUUCUGAACGUCUGAGCUCCGGGCAGUUGUUGAGACUGGGAAGCACGUGGGCAGUGCAGGAGGAGCCUCAGUUGCUGGGUUCCUCACUGGAGCCUAGGGGAGGCGAUGUCAGCCCUCACUUGGAAUUCUCAGCACUUAACAUGAAAGUCGUGCGGAUGGUCUUAUUCUCUUGUAUCUGUUUUAGUCAGGCAGAAAAAAUGAUAAACAUGAGGGUGCUCUUGUGGCUUAAUUUUCUGUUCAAGGGGCUAAAUUGCUUAUGUUUAUUCUCUGUCAGCGGAGCUGAGGAUUUGUCUCAAUAACCAAAGCCGCUAGCUGGAGAAUUUAUGAUCUGGUUGGAUAUGGUUUAUGGUUUAGAUGCUAUGCUAUCUCGAGGAAUUGUGAGGUAUUGCUGAGAGAGAAAAAAAAUGACCUUUUCUUGAAAUGUAACUUGAAAAACAAAAUAAAAUAUGCAACAUAACGUUAAGUAGAAUUGUGGUGGUGGUGGGGGGUGAUUGUAAAUAGGAAACGUGAAUGUUCAAUCUUUCUUUUCUUAAGUAAGGAAUUCUUGUUGAAUGACACUCCCCCCGCUUAUCAGCUCAUCGCUUUUGUUUUGCUCUUCCCAAGACGGAGGAUGGCGCCGAGUCUAGAGUCAUUGCAGUAACUGACAUGAGGGGCUUCCCAUGUUUUAAUUGGAAACCCAUUCUGGUCACAUUCCAAGUAUGACUGGCUGUUUUUUUCUGGAGUACUCUGGCUGAUUUUUGUUUUUGUUUUCUUUUCAAAAAAUAGUGGUUUCCUUCUCCAGGCUUUUUGGACAGCAGGUGAACGCAGGAAUGUCAAUAGAUCCAAGUGACCUGUGGAACGUUCCGCACAUGUGCGGACUGUGCUGCUCACACAAGCACCAGGUACUCAGAACCUGGUUUAAAAUUGCUUUAGAUUCGUACCUGCUGUCCCUGUGCUGCGUGGGAGGUGGACACUCCUUCCACUGGUGGGGCCUCGUGUGCGUGCGAGCCCCCAAGGCACCUCGAGAGGAUUAUUUCUGGUGUAUUUGGGAAGAAUUGAGAGAAUGAAAAAGAAUCUUCCUUACGCUGGUAGAUUGACUGUACUUGUUUAUACUCGCACUUUAGAAGGAAAACAGUGUUAUUCUCUAGUCUGAAGCAAGCUUAGUAAAUGGGAGAGUUCUAGGCCACUGUUGCUUUCCCAGUAGGUUUAGAUAAGGGACUUUGUGUUUUGAGACUUUUUGUGGGAUCUUUUAGAAAGCAUCACUUUAGGGUAUCAAGGGCAGAGAAACGCCAUAGUGCCAGCCAGCUUGGUUUCUUAAGUGAUUUAAUCAAAUCCAUACUCCUGAUUUUGAUGUUUUCCUGUGGCCAUAAGAAUCCCAAGCUCUGAGUGAUUGUUUUCCCCUUGCUUGAAGCAAUGAAGUUACAAUAAUGUUUAGUAGAAAAGGAGUGGUUUACCUUUUUCUAAAGAUUAUAUUUUCAGGGUUUUUUUGUUCUUGUUGUUGUUCUGGAAUGUGAUGUCUUGGUCCUCUGGACAGCAGAUCAAGUGUGACUGAAACCCAGGGCUUAGUUGGUAUCCCUGUUGUGGACAAGGUGAAUAGAAGCCACUUCUUAGUGUAACUAGCUCCUGUUACCUGUGAGCUGAUAGUUACAGUUGACUCUGCUGGCUUUGAGUCAAGACUGGUUCUGCAUGGAGGGAGCCCUGGGGUGCUUCAGUGUUAAAAAGGGCAAUGAAGAGUGAACCCCAGCUUUAAAAACUAGGUGAUCAUCCACAACCUUAAAAGGCUGCCAUUGUGGUCAGAUGGCAACAUGUUUACACAAAGAUAACAGAUCUGUUUAAUCAAAGCUUUGAAAUAUGAUGAAGCCGCCAACAUAAGCACUUGCUCACAGAAGUCAGUAUUGCUUCUACUGGAAGAAGGCUCAUGGAUCAGGGUAACCAGGGUCCAGAUGAAGAUGGGGUCAGAACUGCAUCAAGUAAUUAAAUUUCCAGUUUGACCUUGGAGUUCUUUCUACUUCCUUUUUUUUUUGUUUUUUUCCUGUCUGGUACUAAUCCUUUUAGGAUGAAGGGAGGCACAGAAGUUGCUAGAAAUCUCAAGCCCCUGAGUUCUUUACCACCGCUGCAGGAUGGCCCUUCACUUGAAGUUCUUGGUCAGCCCAGCCAUUUUGAAGUUGGAGAGUAGACCUGUGUUCUAGAACCACCAGGGUAAAAAAGUGCACUCGCCGAAGCUGCACUCGUAAACACCUCCUGGGUUAGCGGCGUCUCUACCUGCUCUAGGAGCCUCUGGCAUGCCUCAGGAUAAACCAGGUAACCUUGAAUUUGAGGUGUCUGGAAAUUCUAGCUGGAACUUGCCUUUCGUGCUGCUCACACAAGCACCAGGUACUCAGAACCUGUACUGAGUCCAGUGGUUCCUCCUCUUUGUGUAUUGAGUAAUAUGAAACUUGGCAGUGGCCAAGGGCACCACAGUUCAAGUGCAAGUUCUAAUAUAAACGCAAGCAGCCUCACUUUUGCUUCAGGGCUCCAAGCAGUUUUCUGAUGCUUUCUGCAGGCAUGCAGCUUGUUAGCCCAGCCUGCUUCUUGGAGUCAGGUUGAGCAGCUGCAGGAUUAAAGCAGUACCUAUCCCCCCUUGCGUUGGCAGAAGAGGACACAUCAAAUUCCUGGCCUUGAGCUUCAUCUCACCUUUAAAUCUUCCCUUGGCAGUGAGACGCUAUUCCUCACUCCAUAAUUUCAACUCUGAAACCAAACUACAUCACUGACACCUUCAGAUCAGGGUUCCUGCUGACUGCAUGUGGGAGGUGACAUGGCUCACAGCUGGGACCUGGCGGAUGGAGAGAGGUGGGUAGGUAAGAUGCUAGGUUCCUAAUAUGUGGUAACAGAUGUGGUUUGGCAUUCAAGGUUUGUUUUUGUUUUUUUUCCCCCAGUUUGACUUUUUUUUUUACCCCCUGGGGAUUAGAGUAACAGAAGAGCUGUGUGUAAACCUGUGUUUUGUGGUGAUGCAUUAGUAAUCAAAUUGCUAAAAGCCCAGAUCUUCUUGUCCUUCACCCUCUCUGCUGGCACUGGCCCAUUGCCUUCACAGUAGAUUAGAACUAGUACUGCUUUGUGAACUUUGGGAAAUAGUGCCACUCAAAAGCGACUUCCUAACUUGAGGAACACCUCCUUUUUAGUUAACUUUCUGGUCCCGGUGCCUUGUUUUAGGAUGCAGCUGGAUUCUGAGCUCAAACAUCCUCUUCCGGAGAACAAAUGAGAGUUAUGUAGUUGUGAGCAGAGACCCUGAUGCUCCCCAGGGAAGUUGCUUCCUGGGUAUCUGACUGGGGCUCCACACUGGGGAAGAACCCUUGGUGUGGACUCUGUGAGGUGAAAGAGCUUCCAGUUGCCAAGGCUGGAUUUGAAUUUUUCAUCUGGCAGAGACCAGAAUGUCACAGCUGACUUUGGAACAUACUCUGGUUCAGCCAGUUCCAUUCAGAGCACCGAGGGAGGGGUGUAUAGCAGGGGAUAUAUUUUAAAAGACCAGGCAACCUUUCAGGAUUAUUUGUGGAGACUUCCAAGGUGAGGAUCAGGAAAGAAAAUGCUUUUUUGUGAGGUCAAGUUCCAAAUCUUGUUUACUAUCAGUUAAAAAAUAGUUUUAAGUGGAAGCAAAAGAAAUUGCUUAGAGUUUUGCCUGGGCUAGUGGGAGUUGGUGCAAAUCGUCAAGUGUGUUUGCAUACGAAGGUGAGAAGACCAUCCACUAAAGAGGAAGUCGUUAAAUAAUAUGGCUCUCUGGGCAUUUUAAAACUCAAGCCAUCUGGUCUUUUUUUUUUUUUUUUUAGUGAAUUUAAAAAAAAUUGCUGCUUUAGGAAAAUUAAGUCUUUAUCCAUUAAUUUCCAAAUUACUAUAGAUGAAAAGAUACAAAUUAAACUAAAUUGAAAGCUUUUUGUUAUUCUGUACUUGCAUAGCCUUUCCAAUAUUAAUUUCCUAGGUUGUGUGAGGUUUCCUCUUUGGUGUAAUGGCCACUGACCUUCUCAUGGGAUGCAGGUGAAAUCACUUGUCAACGCAAAAUGUGUUAGAACUUUAUGAAAUAAAGCUUUGAGUUUGAGAAAUAAAGAUUUAUUUAAAAAGAC